AUGGCGAAGUGAGUUUUUCAUGGCGAAGUGAGUUUUUAAACCGGCUAAAUAUCGGUUAAAAACCAGUAGAAAAAAUUCAAUUGAGAAAUAUCUGUAAUUUUCACAAAAUCGGGGGCUUUCAGAAACCGUGCCGGCCGUAUCACGCUUCCCCUCAUUUUCGCCGCCUUCAUCGUCUCCCUUGGUAUUCGUCCUCCUUUCGCACUCCCCAGAAUCCCACUUUUUCAGGCGGUGGCUUCAGUUUCGGCUACCAGCUUCUGAUCACCAAUCCGGCGGAAGAUGCAUUCAGAUCCUUUGUUGCCGAAUCGUACUCGCUGACCCAUGGGACUGUCGAGCACUCUAACUCGCCCCACAUCCUCGUAAAUUCACUUCUUUUCUCCCACCCCUUGACCAUCAACUUCAGAACCUGUGGGGCGUGAUCCUUGCGAUGUUCUUCUGGGGAGCCACCAUCGGCGCCUUUCUCAUUCAGCCGACGAGCGAGAAAUUGGGAAGAAAGAACGGACUGCUCGCUUCUUUUGUCGCCCAACUCGUCGCCGUUCUCCUUGUGAUCUUCGCCUACACGGUGAGCAUGACUUCCAAAAAUUUUGAAAUUUUCUAUUUUCAGAGAAAAGAUUACAUAAUCUACUCGAUCUCACGAGUCAUUUCGGGCGGCGCAAUCAGCGUUUCUCUGGGAAUCGCCACGUUCUUCAUCACCGAAUGCAGUCCGACGCACUGUCGAGGUAAGAGAGACAGUCUCAUCUGAAUAGAGAGCAUUCACUCCAGGCACUGUCUCCCUGGCCACCGCGAUCCUCAUGCAGCUCGGACUCGUCGUCGGAGCCAUCGUCGCGAUGCCGCAAAUGUGGGGAACCAGUGACUCGUGGCACCUGAUCUACUUGGUCCAAGGUGCCGCUCUCCUCAUCUCCAUCGUCGGAACCCUUUUUCUCAAAGAAGCGCCGACUUUCCUGGCGUCCCGUGGAAAACGUCAAGAAGCACUCGAAUCUUUCAAAUUCUACCAGGGAAUGGAUUCGUCGGAAGCCGAAACUUUUCUGGAAGAGAGCGGAAGUCAGGAAGAAGCCGUCGGACUGCUGGGAAUCUUCAGGAAGCCAGAGGCGAGAAGAGGAAUGCUGGUGGGAAGUGUGGUGAUGGGCGGAAUGAUCAUGAGCGGAAUUAUCGCCAUCAACGCGUUCGCCUUCAAGUUCCUGCUCAGAGUCGGAUUCAACGCCCUUCAAGCGUCCAUCGGGAACAUUGUCAUUUGUGUGAUGACUGUGGUCAGUGGGAGCAUACAGUAAUCCAAAUCAGUCUUGUUCCUUUCAGUUCGGCGUCAUUCUCUCCUCCCAGUUCAUCGAUCGCUACGGUCGUCGCAGCCUCCUCCUCGUCACCUUCGCAAUCCUCUGCCUUCUGAACAUUGUCAUCUUCAUUUGCAUGCUCCUUUUCGAAACCCACCAAUCGUCGCUUCUCGGCUGGGGCGUCGUCCUCGCCAUCUGCCUCUUCAACCUCGUUUUUUCGGCCGGUCCCUGUCCGAUUGCCUUCUUUAUCACCGGAGAGCUCGUCUCACAAAACGCAAGAGCCGCCGCCUGCACUUGGGUUAUUGUCGCGUUGAAUCUAUUGUAAGCGAUUGAAUUCCUAUGCUUCAUUUUACUCACUUUUCGAUCCUCCAGGAGAUCCAUCGUGCUCGUCAUCUACGGUCCAAUCGAAGAAGCGCUGGGCGGUCCGAUCGCCUACUUUGUUCUUUUCUUCCCUCCGUGCGUCCUUUCGGUCCUUCUCAUCUACUAUUGCCUGCCGGAGACGAAGGGAAAAAGCGCAGAAGAGGCAGCCGAAAGCAACAAAAAUCUUCCGAAACUUUGUGCCUAG